UGGAAUUUUACUUAUGCGUAAUAAUACGAACAAAAUUACGGACUUUUUUCGAUCAGAUGCGUGGUUCGCGGUAACGGAUCUCUGUGCGCGGUACAAGAAAUAUGUUCGGAGACAAGGAAAUGGUGGUGCGCGACAUAAGAUUUCACAUUCGCGAUAUGAGGAGGCCUGAUAUAGGAAUGACAUAUCAUGAAAAAGAGAAGAAACGUGGCUUCAUGCGUAUCAUCAUGGACCGUGUUUAACGAUAUAAUCUGAAGAAAUAAUUUUCAAGAUGGUGAUCAACUGGUGGGGAGUGGCCGCCAUCAUUAUCUUCUAUCUCAUCAUACUGGUGAUCGGGCUGAUAGCGGGACGCAAAGCCAAACAGUUUGGCAAAGAGGCUAACAGCGAGGAUGUCAUUGUGGCUAAAAGGGACAUCGGGGUGGUCGUGGGAAUCUUUACAAUGACAGCUACAUGGGUAGGAGGGGGUUAUAUCAAUGGAACAGCAGAAGCAACAUUCUUCAACGGGUUAGCAUGGACCCAAGCACCAUUUGGAUAUGCUAUCAGUCUCGCCCUUGGAGGUUUCUUUUUCGCUAAACCAAUGAGGGAACAAGGAUAUAUCACAAUGCUUGACCCAUUUACCCGGAAAUAUGGUGACGUCAUGGGUGGAUUUCUUUUCAUCCCUGCACUAAUGGCAGAGGUUUUCUGGUCUGCUUCAAUUCUAUCAGCAUUGGGUGCAACAUUAUCCGUGGUCAUGGGCAUUGAUAACCUGAUAGCUAUCAUUGUAUCUGCUUGUAUAGCCGUUUUCUACACACUACUUGGAGGACUAUAUUCAGUGGCGUAUACAGAUAUUGUACAACUCAUUUGUAUAUUUGUCGGACUGUGGCUUUCUGUUCCAUUUGCCAUGACCCACGAAGCAGUGACACCUAUUGCACAAACGGCUUUACCAGGCGAAGUCACAGCAGGAUGGGUAGGAACGAUAGCGGUGAAAGACAUUGGAACAUGGCUAGACUACGCCCUAUUGCUUAUAUUUGGUGGGAUACCGUGGCAGGCGUAUUUCCAAAGGGUUCUGUCAUCAAGAUCGGCAGGCCGGGCACAGAUGCUUUCAUUUGUUGGAGCUUUCGGGUGUUUUAUAAUGACGAUCCCCGCAAUACUCAUUGGAGCAGUAGGCUACUCUACAGACUGGAAUAAAACAGAUUACUUUACCGAUGGUCGCAAUUGGUCCUUGACCAACGGAAGUAUCCCAGAAGAUGAUAACAAGCUGAUCCUGCCCCUAGUGUUGCAAUACUUAUGCCCCACGUGGGUGUCAUUUGUUGGUUUGGGUGCUGUGUCAGCAGCCGUCAUGUCGUCUGCGGAUUCAAGCGUUCUCUCUGCUAGCUCAAUGUUCGCCAACAAUGUCUACAAAAUGAUAUUUAGGAGGAGGGCAUCCCAGAAUGAAAUCCUUUGGAUUCUUAGGGUUGGUAUAUUUGUUGUUGGUGCUUUGGCAACAGUGAUGGGCAUAACAGUGAAGUCGAUAUAUGAUUUAUUUUCUCUCUGUUCCGACCUUGUUUUCGUGAUCUUGUUUCCACAACUUCUCUUGGUUGUUCAUUGGCCACCAUCAAAUACCUACGGAUCGGUGUGUGGAUAUAUCGUCGGGCUUGUCUUGAGAUUAGGAGGAGGUGAGCCGAUAUUGUCGCUUCCACAAGUGAUACCAUACCCAUAUGAGAUGCCGUUCAGGGCGGUGUCAAUGUUAUGCAGCCUGGUGACGAUUAUAUGCGUGUCUCUAUUCACAAACAUGCUCUUCCAUAAUGGAAUUCUCCCUAAAAGUGCGGACAUUUUCAAGGCAGUUCUGUACGACAGGAGUAUAUACAAAUCAUCAGAUAAGACAGCAGAGGUAUCCAGCCCCUCUGAUUCGGAUUCAAAAAAUGGGAUUUCAAAUCCAGGCUUAGUAGCCUCAAGUACAGAUGAUCUUGAUAAAGCGAAAUAUAAUGCAACUGCCUUGUAACACUGGUUAAGUAUUUU